GCAUUUCAAAGUAACAGUUAAUUAAUAUUUGUUAUUAUAUACUUAUAAAAUAAAUAGAUUAAUUGUGUAGUAAAAGUUGAUGUAUUAUUCACUGUAUUUGUAUUUUUCUUAUUGAAAAAAUGUCUGAUGAAGAAGUGAUACGCCGAAGAUUACUUAUAGAUGGAGAUGGUAUCGGAGAUGAUCGUCGAAUUAAUAUGCUUUUAAAAUCAUUCAUAAAAUGGGCAAAUAGUCCAGACGCAGAUAAUACUUUACACGAAAGAAUGUUAUCUCAACUUGCUCAAUGUGAAUUUGCACAACGAAAAUCUAGAUUAGUCUCAAAUAUGAGUCAAGAAGAAUUGAAAAGUUAUGAACAGUUAUCGAAAGAAAUUGAAAUUCAAAUAGAAGAGGCUAAAAAAGAUAUUGAAAGGACAAAAGUAGAAUUACAAGAUGCAAAACGUGUUAGGAAAAAUAGAAUUGAAUAUGAUGUAUUGGCAAAAGUCAUAAAUGAGCAGCCAGAUAGAGUAGAAACUAACCUAAAACUUGCUACAUUACGUGAAGAAUUAGGAAAGUUAAAAGAGAAAUCAGAACAAUUAGAACACAAAUUGGAAAUGAGACGAAAACAAUUUCAUGUUUUAAUAUCUUCUAUACAUUCUUUGCAAGGAAUGUUAGAUGAAUGUGAUGAAGAAAUAAUGGAUGUAAGUUUAGAAAAUUAUGAAGAUGCAGAUACAUCUUCAAAGACUGAAGAUCUUAAAUAAAAUUAUUUUAUAAAAAAAAGAAAUUUUUAAAUUUUAUAAAUGCUUUAAUAUGCUAAAAUUUCUAUUUUCAUAUUUUAUGUAAAAUUUUUUUUCCUUUGCAUAUAAUAUAUC